AUGACAAAGCACUUGGAGAUCAUCAAUUUGUCAUUCUUGUUGGAACAUGAAAAGGAAACAAUACUGGGAGUAUUGAAGAGAGAUGAGUACUUGAAGAAAAUGGAAGAUAAAAGGAUAAGGAAACUGAAAAACGAGCUUCUGGAAGUGAGAAGGAAAGGUGGAAACCAUCAUUGUCAACAGGACAACAGCAGGGUUUGCCUUCGCUGCCAGAAAAGCCUGGGCUUGAUCUUUGACAGAGGAGAUCUGUGCCAAACCUGCAAACUGCGAGUGUGCAAUAAGUGUCGCGUGGUGGGAGCCGACGGGCAGUGGAAGUGCUCAGUCUGUGCCAAGAUUGCACAGCUACGGGUUGUGACAGGAGAAUGGUUUUUUGAAGAGAGAGCAAAGCGCUUCAAACAAUCAAAUCUUCUUGGAACUGAUGUUGUCAGACAAUCUAUCCUACACAAAUUCCCAGAUACAGUUUCCAGUAAGGAUGACAGAAGAACAUUUAAUGAUCAACCCCAAGAAAAUGAAGAAAAAAGGCCAGAUGUAUCAGUCUCCUCCACAAAUGGCCUUAAAUCAGUCUUCAGUGGACCUAAAAAGAUAGGGAAAGUAUUUAGGGCAGUUACCAAAGGAGAAAUAAAAAAUGGUAAAGAUGGAAGUGAAAGGAGCACAGGUUCAGAAGCUGAAAUCCAAAGUCUGCACAGUGGCAAGUUAACUCCACCUUCUGAGAGAGGGAGCACCCUUUCACUGGACAGUGGUGACACAGAGGCCACUGCAAGCCACCUGAAAGGGGCUGUGGGUCCUGUGAGCAGAGGCAAUGUUUCCAUACCUUCCUUCCAGAGGUCUCCGGCACUCAGCACACGCAGCAUGACUGCAGAUUAUAGCAGGGACACUGGUUUAGAAAAUGGCAUGAUUAUUCCAGCAAGUGAAAGUGUACCUGAAGCUUUAGUAAAGAAGCACUGUAGGAAAGCAUCAGGAACACCUUCCAUUGCAGUUUCCAGGGUAUCUCUGUCAUCAGAUCGCAGCCGAUCCGAGAUAGAUUUGAGUGAUUCUUUCUCUGAGGGAAAUGAGGAUACUCUGAGCACAAGAAGCAGAUCUGUACCUAGUGCCUUAGAUCAGGAACUGGAUUAUCUGGGGGAAACAGAAGAAGAUAUUGAUGACUUAGUGGCCUCUCGUUAUUCAAGUAAACAUGGAUGUUUGACAAGUGGAUUAUCAACAAACUCCCCAGAAGGCUCUGACAAAAAAUGGACGUAUUUAAACGUGCCUGAAACAGAUGGUGAUACUACCAGCAUUAACAGCAUGCUGAGUGUAUAUAGUGAAACUGGUGACUAUGGCAACGUGAAGGUCAGCGGUGAAAUCCUUCUCAGCGUCAAUUAUAGCUACAAAACAGGUGCCCUCAACAUCCUGGUGAAAAGUUGCAGAAACCUGGCUGUUGCAGAUGAGAAGAAGCAAAGGACUGAUCCGUAUGUCAAAGCAUACCUUCUGCCUGAUAAGUCUCGCCAAAGUAAACGCAAGACCAAAAUCAAAAGCAACAGCACCAAUCCAGAAUUUAAUGAAACACUGAAGUACGUCAUCAGUCACACACAGCUAGAAACCAGGACCCUCCAGCUUUCUGUCUGGCACUAUGACAGAUUUGGACACAACAGCUUCCUUGGGGAGGUGGAAAUUCCAUUCGACUCCUGGAACUUUGAAAAUCAGGGCGAUGAGUGGUUUGUGCUCCAGCCCAAGGUGGAGGUUACAACAGAUGUUGGACUUCAAUAUAAAGGAGAACUCAGAGUUGUUUUGCGUUACAUCCCCGCAGACAGAAACCUAAUGCUUCCUCUAGGGCAGUUUCAAGGAAAGAAGAGCUUUAAAAAAGGGAAAAAACGAGACCCUCACGUGCCAUCUGGAGGAAUAUUAGAAGUCCUCAUCAAAGAAGCAAAGAAUUUAACAGCAGUGAAAUCAGGAGGCACAUCUGACACUUUUGUGAAAGGAUACCUACUGCCAGAUGAUAGCAAAGCUACCAAACACAAAACUCCCAUAAUAAAGAAGAGUGUGAACCCCCAGUGGAAUCACACCUUUGUUUUCAGUGGCUUGACUUCAAGAGACAUACACAAUGUCUGCCUAGAACUGACUGUGUGGGACAAGGAAUCUCUCUCCAGUAAUAUUUUCCUGGGAGGUGUCCGUCUGAGCACUGGAAAUGGUGUAAGUAAUGGCAAGGAGGUGGAUUGGAUGGACUCUCAAGGGGAAGAGCAGCACCUCUGGCAGAAGAUGAUUGACAAUCCAGGAGCUGCCGUAGAGGGGAUGUUAAUGCUGAGAUCCAGCAUGGGAAAACGCAGACUGUGA